GCACCCCUUUUAUAGAACAAAAGGCUCAGGUUCAGGGAGUGAGGGUCUGAACUGUGCCCCCACCCUCCAGGAAGGGCCCUUCACAGCCUGGCUGCAGGGAUCAGUCACGUGUGGCCCUUUAUUAGGCCCUGCCAUAUAAGCCGAGGGCACGGGGUGGCCAGGAACUCUCUAGGCAAGAAUCCCGGAGGCAGAGGUGAGUCCUCAGGUUGGGCAGGGACUCCUCCUCUCUGUGGGGUCUCUAUCUGGGCAUCUAGAGGGGACUCCAAGGAUUAGGAGGGACUAAGUGGUGCGUCUUCCUGCUGAGCCAGGCCAUGCUGACUGCAGCACUGCUGAGCUGUGCCCUGCUGCUGGCACUGCCUGCCACGCAAGGAGCCCAGAUGGGGUUGGCCCCCCUGGAGGGCAUCAGAAGGCCUGACCAGGCCCUGUUCCCAGAGCUCCCAGGCCUGGGUCUGCGGGCCCCACUGAAGAAGACAACUGCAGAACUGGCAGAAGAGGAUCUGUUGCAGGAGGCUCAGGCCUUGGCAGAGGUACUAGACUCGCAGGACCGCGAGCCCCGCUCCUCACGUCGCUGCGUAAGGCUGCAUGAGUCCUGCCUGGGACAGCAGGUGCCUUGCUGUGAUCCCUGUGCCACAUGCUACUGCCGCUUCUUCAACGCCUUCUGCUACUGCCGCAAGCUGGGUACUGCCAUGAACCCCUGCAGCCGCACCUAGCUGGCCAACAUCAGGGUCAGGGCUAGCGUAGGGGCAAUGCGAAUAAAGAAUGGGACAAAC